ACCGGAAGUGGAGCGGCGCCGGGAGCUCCGGGGAGAGACGGGCGUCGGAGCGGGAGCUGCGGCCGGGACGAGCCCUCGCGGGGCGGUGAGCGAGCGCGGCCUCUGCCGGCGGCCCGUCCCUCCUGCGCCUGGGGCACCGCCGGCCCCGAAACGGGAAGGAAGCUGCGGCCGCUGAGGCGGACUCGGCGCCGGAUGCCCGGGACCUGCUCACCGGAUCCCUGCUGUUCCCACAGAGUUCUCUGAGCAGCGUCCAUCUUCCACCGGAAAGAAAGAUGUGGAAGGCUUCGGCCGGCCAUGCCGUGUCCAUCAGCCAGGACGACGGCGGUGCCGACGACUGGGAAACGGACCCCGAUUUCGAGAACGACGUCAGUGAGAAGGAGCAGAGAUGGGGCGCCAAGACUGUGCAGGGGUCUGGGCACCAGGAGCACAUCAACAUCCACAAGCUGAGGGAGAACGUGUACCAGGAGCACCGCAGCCUCAAGGAGAAGGAGCUGGCGACAGGCCCCAGGGCCUCGCACGGCUACGGGGGCAAGUUCGGCGUGGAGCAGGACAGGAUGGACAAGUCGGCCGUCGGCCACGAGUACCAGUCGAAGCUGUCCAAGCACUGCUCGCAGGUCGACUCCGUCCGCGGCUUCGGAGGCAAGUUUGGAGUCCAGGUGGACAGAGUGGACCAGUCGGCUGUCGGCUUUGAGUACCAGGGGAAAACGGAGAAGCACGCCUCCCAGAAAGACUACUCGAGUGGCUUUGGCGGCAAGUACGGCGUGCAGGCCGACCGCGUGGACAAGAGCGCGGUGGGCUUUGACUACCAGGGCAAGACGGAGAAGCACGAGUCCCAGAAAGAUUACUCCAAAGGCUUCGGCGGCAAGUACGGCAUCGACAAGGACAAGGUGGACAAGAGCGCCGUCGGCUUCGAGUAUCAAGGCAAAACGGAGAAGCACGAGUCCCAGAAAGACUACGCGCGAGGCUUCGGGGGGAAGUUCGGGGUGCAGACGGACCGGCAGGACAAGUGCGCGCUGGGCUGGGACCACCAGGAGAAGCCCGAGCUGCACGACUCCCAGAAAGACUACUCCAAGGGGUUCGGCGGCAAGUACGGGGUGCAGAAGGACCGCAUGGACAAGAAUGCCUCCACCUUCGAGGAUGUGGCCAAGGUGCCCUCCACGUACCAGAAGACGGUCCCUGUGGAAGCAGCCAACAGCAAGACCAGCAGCAUCAGAGCCAACUUCGAAAGCCUGGCCCAGGAGCAGGAGCAGGAGGACAGGCGGCGGGCGGAGGCCGCGCGGGCGCAGAGGGUGGCCCGCGAGAGGCAGGAGCAGGAGGAGGCGCGCAGGCAGCUGGACUUGCAGGAGCAAGCGCGCGCCCAGAGGCAGAGCCCGCCGGCCUCCCCCGCCCCCCAGCCGGCUCCAGAGAGGCCGCCCUCCAGCCCCGUCUAUGAGGACGCCAUUUCCAUGAAGGCCGAGCCCAGCUACAGAGGCCCCGUGAGCGAGCCUGAGCCCGUGUACAGCAGGGAGGCCACCGACUACCGGGAGGCCGGCGGCCAGCAGGGCCUGGCCUACACCCCCAAGGCCGUCUACACAUCCACGGAGGCCCCGGGCCACUACCCAGAAGAGGAGAACACCUACGACGAGUACGAGAACGACCUCGGGAUCACGGCCAUCGCCCUGUACGACUACCAGGCUGCGGGCGAUGACGAGAUCUCAUUCGACCCUGACGACAUCAUCACCAACAUCGAGAUGAUUGACGACGGCUGGUGGCGCGGGCUGUGCAAGGGCAGGUACGGGCUCUUCCCGGCCAACUACGUGGAGCUGCGGCAGUAGGCGCCACCCGGCCCGGCCCGCCACCUCGCCCUUCUUGGGGUUCGGGGCGGGAGGGGAGGCUCCAUAUUGCUUUUAUAUUUAAUAUUCCCGCCGACGCUUUUGGAAAUGUUUAUGCCACAGAAUUUGCUAAUAUAUUGUAAUCAUGUUCCUUGGGAGGACUUGGGGUUGUUUUUCUGCAUUGGAGGUGUUUUCUUUUGCCAAAUUGCUGUCACUUGGAGCCACUUUGGAACCUUAGUCCCUCUGAGUACAUGCUGUCCUCGCCCCAUGGUCAGUGGGAGACCCCAGCACGAACUUGAGGCCUUUCAUUACAUCGCUGCUCAACGGCGCCCUGGGGGGUCAGGCAGGAGUCCCUGUCCCCGGAGGCGGGAUGGGCCCCGGAGACACUCCGAAUUGCGGGAAACUCUAGGAAGCACGUGAGCUUCAGUGUCAGGUGGACACGCCUACGUGUGUGCCUGAAGCCCCACAGGACAUGAGCUUAGCGACGGCCCCGUCUGUCCCGUGUCUCCCUGUCUCGCCCUGGGUCCCCACCUCCUCAUGCCUCUCCCUGUCCCCGAGCUGCGAGCUGCGUGGCAUCUGCCCCUUAGAGACUGCCCUCCCCGACCUCCAGCUCGGCCACAGGACGGCCAGGCCUGGACGCUGCCCUGGCUGGCCUCGCGCGGAUACGUGUCUGCUGUGCAGAAGUGGCCGCUUGGCCAUGGGAGGCGGGCGCUCCUCGGGAGGGCGGGAGCUGUUUGCCAAAGGAUCGGCCUAAACGACUGAAUGCAAUGCAUCGAUGCGGCUGAAAAGGGGGAGCGACGAGCCGUGCUCUGACCAGGACAGUCCUGGGGCGCGCGCCACCCUCCGAGCCCGGGCAGCCUGUCGCAGGCCUGGAGAGCGUGGCGGGGCCGGCAGCGUUUCCUUCCGGGCAUUUCCGCAGCAUCCGCUCUGCCGCUCGGUUGGGUUUCCGUGCAGUUGUGUCUGAGUGUCUGUAGCGCACCUCAUAGGUAUGAUUUUUUUAAAGUAAAUAUUCAAAAUAAACUUUUUUUGAUCCACUUGCUGCUGA